AUGAGCCGGUCAAGGCAUGUGGGCAAGAUCCGGAAACGCCUGGAAGAUGUCAAGAGCCAGUGGGUCCGGCCGGCCAGGGCUGACUUCAGCGACAAUGAGAGUGCCCGGCUGGCCACAGACGCCCUCCUGGAUGGGGGUCCCGAGGCCUACUGGCAGGCACUUGGCCAGGAAGGUGAGGUAGACUUCUUGUCCUCGGUGGAGGCCCAGUACAUCCAGGCCCAGGCCAAGCAGCCUCCUUGUGCCCCGGAGCCCCCCGGAGGGGCAGAGGCGGGUCCCAAGGGACUCGACUCCUGCUCCCUGCAGUCCGGUACCUACUUCCCCGUGGCCUCCGAGGGCAGCGAGCCGACCCUGUUGCACAGCUGGACCUCAGCCCAGAAGCCCUACCUGAAGGAAAAGUCCAGCGCCACUGUGUAUUUCCAGACGGACAAGCACAACAACAUCAGGGACCUCAUUCGCCGCUGCAUCACCCGGACCAGUCAGGUCUUGGCCAUCCUGAUGGAUGUGUUCACGGAUGUGGAGAUCUUCUGUGACAUUCUAGAGGCUGCAAACAAGCGCGGGGUGUUUGUCUGUGUGCUGCUGGACCAGGGAGGCGUAAAGCUCUUCCAAGAGAUGUGUGACAAAGUCCAGGUCUCUGACAGCCACCUCAAGAACAUUUCCAUCCGGAGUGUGGAAGGAGAGGUAUACUGUGCCAAAUCAGGCCGGAAGUUCGCCGGCCAAAUCCAGGAGAAGUUUGUCAUCUCGGACUGGAGAUACGUGCUGUCUGGAUCGUAUAGCUUCACCUGGCUCUGCGGCCACGUCCACCGGAACAUCCUCUCCAAGUUCACGGGCCCGGCGGUGGAGCUGUUUGACGAGGAGUUCCGCCACCUCUACGCCUCCUCCAAGCCCGUGAUGGGCCCAAAGUCUCCCAGGCUGACGGCCCCCCUCCAGCCCAGAGCCGGCCACAGCCCCCCGCCCGGCCGCCUCAGUGGCAGUAGCUGCUCCGCCAGCGACCACACGUCCUCCAACCCCUUCAGCAGCCCCUCGACGGGCAGCAACCCCCAGAACCGGACUCUGUCGGCGUCGUCGGGGCCAGGCAGUCCCCUGGCUCCAAACCCACCUCCGCCCCCCAGGCCUCAGCCCCACCACGGCCCCUGGGGGGCCCCGAGCCCACAGACCCACUUCUGCCCGAGGCCCCACGACAGCACGCCGGCUCCCUACAGCAACCUCAACGCCUACAGGCCCACUCGGCUGCAGCUUGAGCAGCUGGGCUUGGUGCCCAGGGCGGCCCACAUCUGGAGGCCGUUUCUACAGGCCUCCCCUCAUUUCUGAAGGGUCGCUUCCUCCAGCAGCACACCCUCCCCCCCACACGCCACCACCCAGGCCCGGGGCCGGGCAUUCCUGGGCUGUCUGGCCACCUCAAUACUAGCAGCUUUGAACGUGCAUCCCUUUGAGCUGAAAGUGCUUAGACAACACUGUCCUCUGUGUUUGAAUGUUCCCAGGCCUGAGACCAUUCACUGGCCGACACCCACCAGAUCCUGGGCUUCCCUCUCUAGUUUGGCCUGUGGAGCACAUUCCAGAAAGUUCCGGGUUGGGGGGUGGGGUGGGGAGCUAGAGAACAAAAUCAUGAAAAUAGAGUCCUUUUCCUCCAGAGAGCAGCCAGUCCUUUAAUAAUAAUGUUUCCUGAAUCUCUGAGACGUAAGAAGGGGCGGAUGCAGCCCCAGUUUGACAUAUGGGUAAACUGAGGCACUAAAGGUACGCUGAGGGUGGGACCAAGGUACUCCUGUUUCCCAGUGCUCGGGAAUGGCCCACUCUACAGAGAUUCCACAGGUAUGGGAACAUUCUGAAUGUUUCUGGGAAAGUAUCCCUGGGCCCGAUGAAUUAGGCCCCAGAACGUGUGGCUGUAAGCAGUGUGGGGCCAGCUGAAACUGUAGCCACCAGGGAUGGGGUGAGCCAAGGUGACGAGGGGAUGAAGUUCUGCAGCUCAGCUUCUGGCAUCAGGGAGCCUUGGGCUGGCCUAGAGCCCCCCCCGUCCGGGCCAGUCCCUGGGGCUUGAGUUGUCAGUGUCCAGCACGGCCUUGAGCAACCAUGGAGGGCUCAGCAUUGAUCCUGCAGCCCCCUCACAGUCAGACCCAGGAGCCUCUGUCUGGCUCAUUGACAUCCUGAAAAAGGGUGCCGGGCCCUCACAAGCCCCAUCGUUCAUUCAUUCUCAGAGUCACAGCACGUCCUUUGUUCCUGAGGUGGUACCAGAUCUCGAGGGCACAGCCUAGCUGGGGUACAAAGAAUACAUACAGCAAGCUGAGGGAGCACUGGGAGGGCCAGGCAGCCCACUUUGGGGACCUCAGGGGACACGUGGGAGGGAGGUGACAGGUAACGAGACCCAAUGAACAAGGGUGUUAUAGCUGGGGGGAGGGAUGGAACCCAGGCUAUUCUAGCCUGACAGAAGCAGCCACAGAGACGCGCAGGCAACUUCCUGCUUCCGUGCCCUCCUGCCACCAACUCAUCUCAGCAAAUGUCUUGCUGUUGCCUGUUUCUGGCUCAGAAGCUUUGCUUUUGUCGUGGAGGGCUGGGAGGACAGAGCCCUUCCUCCCGCUGGCUCCUGAGCCCCGACAGCUCAUGGCGCCCCAAGUUACGCUCUACAGAGAGAACCCGCCUUCAGCCCAUCCCUGCUUGUCCAGUACUCCUGGCAAAGGCACCUUUGCGCCUGUUUUCUUUUGAAUAGCAUUCCUGUCCUCAUUUUACUUUUCUCCUCCCUAGUUCCCUGCAAGUCCAACCCAAAACCCCUUUGGUUCCUUAAGUUUCUUUAAACCCCAGUCCCGAUGUGCUGUCUUCCUGCUGACCGCGGUGACGAGGCUAGAACCAUCAGGGGCUGCAGAAGGUUCUAAAGUGAGUUCCACAGUCGGCUGAGGAAGUUUCAGGAAGGUAAAGACUUCUGGGGGCCAACAGCCCCAAAGGACCGCUCCUGCCUCUGUCUGUGCCUGGCUUGGCCUGAGUGGACAGGAGCAAGCCCUCUUGCCCCCGUCACUCUCCACCGGCCUGUCAUCUUAGGGGUUCACAAGUACUGUUUCUCCUCCUCUGGACACCUUUGCCACGUGUGACCCCUGCCUGCUGGGAAAUUAGCCGUGGCUGGUGCGAUACGAGAAAUGUUGAGGAUCACUUCCUGGCAGAAGUUUUAAGAGCCUGGGUGCAGCUGGCGAUGCGCGAGCACGCCUCAGAUGGAGCCCCCCCCCCCCCCCAGC